GAAUUCAAUCGAACCUUAGCAGAAUACGAGACAGGCUUCGGUGCGGUUUAUCUGAACCGUUGGAUUGGAUUCAAUCAUAUCUUAGCUAUUCUGAAUAAUCCUCAUUCUAGUUUCACUUUGAAGGUUCAACUUCUAGAUAUUAAUUGGGUUAAUUGUGAAAAUAGGUAUACUAAUUUUGAAAUUGGAGACAAAACCACUAACUACGUAUUAAGCCUCAACGCAGAUACAGCUAAUUGUGGAGAAUCGAUUACUGGUACACCAAACUUGAACGGCAGGCCGUUUUCUACCUAUGACGUUGAUUUUACUGGUGUUCAUGAGUGUGCCUUAAAUUAUGGUGGCGGUUGGUGGUUUGAU